AUGUCCUCCGCCACAGGGCUUCCGGAACCACCCCCCUCCCAGGACCAGGAACGAGGCGAUGGCGAGAAUGAGUUGGAGCCUCUGCUCGGUCGACCUGGCGACGCCCAGCAGCCACCGGGCCAAUUCAUCGCUAAGAACCUUGUCAUCGGCACCGGCAUCAUCGCCCAGUUCGGCGCAGUCAUCUUCGUCGCCAUGAUCUGGGCCGCUGUGCUGACCAAAGACGUAAUCCUCUUCUCUGGCCAUCCGCUCGCACAGAGUCUCGCCAUCUUCACCCUCACCCAGUCGAUCCUCUCGCUGCAGCCGACGCACACCCCCGACCAGAAGCGCGUCGGUCAGCGUGUUCACGCCGUCCUCAACCUGCUUGCUUUCUUGUUCCUCGUGGUCGGUGUUGGCAUCAUAGAGUACAAUAAGUUCCUGCAGGGCCCGACCUCCCACUUCCACUCUGUUCAUGGCUACCUCGGCGUCAUCGUUUCCAUCAUCCUUCUAUUGCAGUAUAUCGUCGGCUUCACGAUGUGGGCUACCCCGAAGCUGUACGGAGGUGAGGACACCGCCAAGUCCAUCUGGAAGUAUCACCGCUGGAGCGGUUACGUCGUUCUUGUGCUCCUGCUCGUGACGGCUGCCACGGCCAUUGACACAUCCUUCAACUACACCGUUCUGAAGCUGAAGCUCUGGGCUGUCAUCGUCACGUCCCUCUUGAUUCUUGUGGGUAUCAUCCCUCGUGUGCAAAAGCAGAAGCUUGGUUUCUCGUCCUAG